GGCACUGGCUCAAUUCCUUAAACUACAGUACUUAUCAUGCCUGAAUCAACGAAAAAACCAUCGAGUAAACUUCUAGCAAUGAAGUUUAUGCAGCGAUCAGCUGAAAGUGAGCGACGAGAGGAAUUGGAGCAGGUGCAAAAGAAAGAGCUCUCAACAUCAGAAUGGCGGCUAGAAUACAAAGGGGAAAAGCUACAAAAGCCAAAAAUACGAGUGCAAUAUGAACCUAGCUUUUUAGGAUUCACAGAUACCACGACCUUGGGAAGAAAGUCAUAUAAAAAGUUUAAUACGGAUCUAGAGACCACGGAAGAGGAUCAAGUUUCUGAGCAACGACUUGCCCGUGAAACGGCAGAAGAAAAGGCGAAUGAGAUUAGUGACAAAGAUAUGGGCAAAAGAUACAGCAAAGGAAUAUCACGAGUAGCGCAUUCUGUAUCGAAAGACAAUAAGAGGAAGCAGACAGACGGAGCUAGCAAUGCUCCCAAGCGAGGCAAAUCAAAUGAAAAUGGCAACAAAUUCAUGAAGCCCAAAUAAACACAAUUGUACAUUCACAGCAAAAUAUAACAUUGGAAUACACAGAUAGAAGAGAGUAAAUCUGCUAAGGCUAGUGUUAGGGCGGCUCUUGACACUAUGUGGAAGUGAUCAAAUCUGUAGUAACUGAAGUCACUUAUUGGCUACGAGGUGUUGCG